AUGGCUAGGACCUUGAAGCCGUCAGUCGAAGUCAACCUCAAGCAUGGCUCGGUAUCGCGUCGGCUCGAGCAGCAUAGGGAAACAAGAGGAGGGGCUUGGGACGACAAGACCAUCGCGACGUCGGAGGCGGGUCACUGGACGGUAAGCGUGGACAUGCGAUACGAAGGAGGCUGGGGUUUAGAAGUUGAAGCAUCACAAACGGAUCGCCAAGAGGCAGCUCAGAGCAAAUCGCAUCUACGUUGCUGGAGUCGUCUUCCAGAAAGAGAGACGUGGAAGCGUCCCGAGAAUCCACCCGCCCACAUACAGAUCCUGGGGGUGCUGCUAGGCUUGGAUGGGUUGGGGCUACUGCGCCUCGUUGCCCUUGUUUGGAUAUGCGGCGAGGGGCUCGCGAUGUGGAGGAUGCGCGAGGAUGUGUCGAUGUGCUGCCGGGUUGCUAGCUCGACGCUCGAGGCUCAAGGGGGAGAGACAUUGAGGGACGAUGUGUGGGAUCAUUGGGAUUGGAGGUCUUGGCGACGAAUGGCCGUGCUGUGCCUUGAAGUUGAUUUGAGUGACGAUCUUGUAGUCAGCAAGUCAGGUUUUAGGUGUAGGGGACGCACGAGAAGAGACAACCAGAGUUCCGAUUGGUUCAAGAGUCAGAAACUUGAUGCAGCCUUCUUACGGGAAGAUCUGGAGUCGCCAGGCCAGAGGGACUCUCGAUGCGCAACCGUUGAGCUCCUAAGGAUUUGUAUCGCCUCAGCCCUGAAGCAGGCCUCAAGAGUCUCCGAGUCCAGGCUCGGAAACGCUGGUCCACGUUUGGGAGUCAGGAAGUGCGGCCGUUGCCCUGGCCGUGUGUACGGGGAGAAGUUCUUUUCUUUGGUUACGGAAGACAUGCCAUGGUUGGCGGUGAUUGUGGUUUUACGCUUGAUUAGCUGGCGCCGGAUGCAUCUCAAGGCUGGUAGCCCUCUCCACAUCCGGGGACAUCGAUUUUGGAGUGUUCGUGUUCCUCCGGCGGGCGAUCACCCGCGAUGUGCGUCCGCGAUAUGCACCCGAGUGGUGCGAAUAGAAGGUUUGCCUGUCGGCACCAUGGUACGACUAUCUGUUUCUAUGGAUCAAGGAGGGGUAUAUGGUGAGCAGAAAACCUUGUGGUGA